GUGACCCUGCGACCCGCGUCCCCGAGCAGUCAUGGCGGCGGUCAGGACCCUGGUGGCGUCCAGGCUACGUGCGGCCUCCGCGUUCGCGCCACUUCACGCGUCCACCCCACGCGCGGCCCUCCACGGUUCGGCGCCGCGCCCGGGGGCCAGGGUCGCUCUGGUGCUGUCUGGAUGUGGAGUCUACGAUGGGACUGAGCUCCACGAGGCCUCAGCGGUGUUGGUCCACCUGAGCCGCGGCGGGGCCGAGGUCCAGAUCUUCGCUCCUGACAUCCCUCAGAUGCACGUGGUCGACCACACCAAGGGGCAGCCUUCCGAGAGUGAGACCAGGAACGUCCUGACGGAGUCUGCGAGGAUCGCCCGCGGCAAGAUCACCGACCUGGCCCGGCUCAGCGUGGCCAAUCACGACGCCGCCAUCUUCCCCGGAGGCUUCGGGGCCGCUAAGAACCUGAGCACGUUUGCCGCUGACGGGAAAGACUGCAAGGUCCACGGGGACGUGGAGCGGGUCCUGAAGGAGUUCCACGCGGCCGGCAAGCCUAUUGGCCUGUGCUGCAUCGCUCCCGUCCUCGCGGCCAAAGUGCUCCGUGGUGUUGAGGUCACCGUGGGCCACGAGCAGGAGGAAGGCGGCAGGUGGCCCUACGCAGGGACCGCGGCAGCCAUCAAAGCGCUGGGCGCCAAGCACUGCGUGAAGGGAGUGACCGAAGCUCACGUGGACCAGAAGAACAAGGUGGUCACGACCCCGGCCUUCAUGUGCGAGACGGAGCUCCACCACAUCCACGACGGCAUCGGGGCCAUGGUGAAGAAGGUGCUGGAACUCUGUCGGAAGUGAUCGUGCCGCCGGCCCUGCGUCUUCCACCAGGUGGAGCUGGCGGCCCACGUGCCCCUGCCCCUGGCUGCGGGCGGGAAUCCACUUCCCGUAGGCACCUC